AUGUGGCGGGAGGAGGAAAACAUCUGCUGCCAAGAGGUGGAUGUUGUAAAGCGUAAAAAUUUGGAGGCAGUUGACGUUGAAAAUAUGGAGGAGCCUCCAAAGUGCAUCGUGGAACACCCAGGAUUCCAGGCAGUUUGCCUGAAUUACCGGGUGUUACAGGCUACAUGGCUGCAAUACAAGCAGCAGUAUGGUGCCUCGGCAUAUGAGGGAUCAGAUCAUAAAAAAAGCAGGCACAUUGCAUACAGGCAAUUGGUAAGGUGGUGCUGGGGCUCCCUUGGAAAGGACAUAAGAGUUCCCUUACCAUCAUGUGCAGUAAACUGCGUACGGGCUCAUUUCCAGGAGCCUGAAAGGCUGGAUGAUGAGAUGGAGUAUACAGGAUUUCAAUAUGCAGAUGAAUAA